AUGCAGUGCAUCAUUCUAGUUUCCGCCAUUUUUGUUCUUGUCUUUGGUAUUCCCGUUCCUUCACCGACUAGAGAUGUUUGGGUCGGACCAAACUGCCAUAUGUGCGAGAUGCGUUCUUUGCUCGUCUUGUUUCCAAUUUUGGUUGCUUUGGUAUGGUGCCAAAAAAUUCCAAACUUUACGGUUUCAAAUGCUGAACUUCUCGCGUUGGCAAAAAAGCUUCGUCAAGUCGACGUUCACCGAGCUCGUCCUGAUCAAAUCAUGCUCAAUUACCAGAAACAUACAGUAACCCGAGAUGACAGUGAUUCGGCACCAGCUAAACUAUUCUCUAGAGUGGACUCUUCUCUUCUUCGUAAACCUUCCUAUGAACUCUAUUUGAAUCUUAUGGACAAUUUCAAUCGACAGACUGGAAGAAAGCUGAGGUUGGAAAAUUCUUGGAUCAUGUCUUGGCGACAAAACCAAUGCAAGAGUUGUACAAUUGGUUCAAAGCUAAAGGUAAGACACCAUAACAAUUACUUUGAGAGAACAAAUUUAUUAGGUCAUCCAAUUGCCACGUCUCCUCAAAACUUCCGUUUCUGGAUUGGUCAACUCUGGUUCUCGCACUACUCGAGAGCUCUUGGUCGUCCAGAUACAUCUGGUUUUGAGCAUGUUUUCAUUGGAGAAGCAAAGAAUGGAGAGAUUUCUGGGUUACACAAUUGGCUCAGAUUCUAUGUAUUGGAAAAUAAUAGAACAGAAAAUUUUGAUUACAAAGGAUUCACAGUGAAAAGAUUUAACAUUAUGGGUGCUCUAAAAUUCACAUGGGACGGACUUCUAAAAAGAGUGGGAUCGAUUCUUAUCGGCACAACUCCUGAAUAUGAUAUGGCUCUCUACACAAUGUGUUUCUUAUCAAGAAGAGGAAGAGAGACCUGCGAUGUGGAAUUGGAUGGAUGUCCACUUCAGAUCACUAGUUUCGAAAUUAUGCAACAGAACAAGGUUUACAUUGGAAGCAUCUAUCCAACAGCUGGACGUUUAACUGAUGAGUGCAGAGCUCAGAAUCGGUGA